UCAGCGUGCAGCGUGCGAGGAUUUAAACCAAGACAAGCAAGCUGAAAAACUGAACGGCAUCACAUCCUCCAUUACAAGUCUCUGUCUGUCUGUGGAAGCAUCACACAUAUCGAAAUGGCUCUCAGAGUGACAAGGAACCGCUUGGCAUCCACCAGGUCUGAUGUUGGUGGAAAGGCCUGCUCGGUGACCGGGCCUGGGCUGAAGCCUAGAGCUGCUCUGGGUGAAAUAGGAAACAUCACUGCUAACAAAGAGCCACAGAAGAAGGCUGUGAAGGCUGAGCCUACAAAGACCAAAGUCACCACCAGAGCUGAAAAAGCAGCUGCUGAAGCACCAAAACCUAAAAAUGUUGUUCCUGUUAAACCUGAGCCUGAGGUGCAGCCUGAACCUGCAUCCCCCACUCCAAUGGAGACGUCUGGCUGUGAACCUGGAGACCUCUGUCAAGCGUUUUCAGAUGUCAUCCUUCACACCGCCGUCAGGGAUGUGGACGCAGAUGAUUACGAGAACCCCAUGCUGUGCAGUGAAUAUGUGAAGGAUAUUUACAAGUACCUCAGGCAGCUUGAGGUGGAUCAGAACGUCAGGCCCAACUUCCUGCAGAGUCGGGAGGUGACUGGAAACAUGCGAGCCAUUCUCAUUGACUGGCUGGUGCAAGUGAACCUCAAGUUCCGUCUGCUGCAGGAGACUAUGUACAUGACCGUAGGAAUCAUUGACCGCUUUCUUCAGGACCACCCAGUCCCCAAGAAGCAGCUGCAGCUGGUUGGUGUGACCGCCAUGUUCCUUGCUUCCAAAUACGAGGAGAUGUAUCCCCCGGAGAUCUCAGACUUUGCCUACGUGACAGACCGUGCCUACACGACCGCUCAGAUCCGAGACAUGGAGAUGACAAUCCUCCGGGUGCUUAAAUUCAAACUGGGCCGCCCUCUUCCCCUGCAGUUCCUCAGAAGGGCUUCAAAGAUUUAUGAGGUCACUGCUGAGCAACACACCCUGGCUAAAUACCUCCUUGAACUCACCAUGGUCGACUACGAGAUGGUUCACUUCCCGCCCUCCAUGAUCGCAAGUGCUUCUUUGGCACUAACCCUGAAGAUCUUAGAUGCUGGUGAAUGGGAUGUGACACUGCAGCACUACAUGGACUACACAGCAGAGAGUUUGAUUCCUGUGAUGGCACACAUUGCCAAAAAUGUUGUGAAAGUGAACGACGGUCAGACCAAACACAUGGCUAUUAAAGGCAAGUAUUCAACCUCCAAGCAGAUGCGUAUUGCGACAAUCUCCCAGCUCAAGUCUUCACUGGUCAGGGAUCUUGCGAAGCAAACCCAGUGAUGGACUGUUUUAAGCACCAUGUGCUGAUUUAUAUAGUUGUAACUUAAACUUUUAAACAUGACUGAGGGAAAUCUGCAAACUGAAGACCAGCUCGGUGGUUUGCAUGUUUAACAACUGACAUUGUGUUUAUCUUUUACUGACUAUUUAGGAAAGCAUGCCACACGUUUUAAGUGUUAGCACUCUGAUGACCUUAUGGUACACAAAAUAGAUCAUAAUUGCUCAGUUAAUGCACUACUUACGCCAACUGAUGUAAUAGGAAUCUUUGACGAAAUGACUAUCACUAACUUGUGCCCUUAUUACCAUUUAAACCCUUGUAGUGUCCAUGCUUGCAUCUAAAACUGGUGGCAUGCUUUGAAAUGGUCAGUAAUGGGAGAGGUUCAUUGGAUAAUGUGACCCUGCUUUCUUUUAAAUAGCCUCUUUCUCUUAAUGUGUGUAUGGCAGUAAUUGUGUAAAAUGUACAGCAAUACUUUUUAAAGGAUUUUACUUUCUUGUCUUGUUUUUAAAUUGUCUAUUAAAUGGUUCAGACCAGAUUUUGCUCCCUUGUCAUAUUUGGACCACCACUAGAGGCUGCUCUAAGACCAAAUUUGGAUGAUUCUAAGCUCCACAUGUUGUGCCUGGACUAAAACCUGGCAUGUUGACCACUUUUCUAAAAAGUCACUUUCUGUGGGAACAAAUGUCAUGGGGGGAGAAGCUAAUGAAAUAAAGUUCCAACAAAAUUA